AUGGAUGAUACCGAAAAAUCUUUACUUAAAGAGAAUGGAAUCGACGUGUCUACUGAUACUGCGAAACCACUAUUUAAUUAUCCAUCGUACUUAAAGGUAUUCGAUAACUGGGGAUUGGAUAUAUGUGUUAAAAACUGUUUAUGUAAAAAACUUAGAGAGUUAAAUAUUCGUUUACAAGUUAUGGAUAUACACCUUGUGAAUCUUAUACAAUCCCAAUCUAAUUUACAAUACUUUAAAUUAGAUUGUUCUGGUAACAUCGCUCCUGCCAUAUCAGCCUUGCAAUAUCAAUCCAAUUCUUUGAUUCACGUAGAAUUUUCACACGUUCAAUUUAUUGGUAUUUCUCUUGAAGCUUUAGCAUCUUGUAAAAAUUUGCAAACUUUAUCAUUCAUUAGUUGUAAAGGAUUGACUUCUUUCACUUGGAUGCCUUUGAAGAAAGCUGAAUUCAAACUUCAAGUUUUAUAUGUCAGAAAAUGUGAAACAACUCAAGAAUUUUUGGAAUCUGCAAUUGAGACUGCUAAUUAUCAUUUAAAAGAAUUAUUUAUGACUGGAUCUUCACCGAAAAUAAUAGAAUCUAUCACAAAGUUCUGCCCGAAUAUUAAAACUUUAGAAAUUGAUAUCAAAUCAUCAUCUACAAAUCAAUUCUUGAUUUUAUUAUCAAAAUUAAUUCAAUUAGAACGUUUAUCUGUUAAUUUUUUAAUUUAUGAUACUAGUGAUUUCUUGUUAUUGCUGCCCGCUGUUCUUCCUACCACUUUAUUUGUACUUAAAUUAUUCUUUCAAAAUACUUCUUGGAAUUUAGAAUAUUUUCUUAAAAAAUGUCGAGCACCUAUACAAACAUUGAUUGUAUUUGGUAUAGUAGGUGCUGAUGAUGAACAGGUUGGUUUUAUUACUCAAUUUGCAAAGGAAAGUAAACCAUUUAAAAAAGUUUUAAUUAAUGAUCGAUUUGGAAGAAAGUUGGUUUUUUAUAAAAACUCUGAGGUUUGGACAACUUGGCCAUUAUAUCUUAGUGAUAGAAUUGAUUUAAUAUAA